AUGUUUUUUUUUCAGAACCGAAUGAUUGAAUCUCUUCGUUUGUUUCGUUCAGUCUGUAAUUCAAGAUGGUUCUACAAUACAGCAAUGAUUCUUUUCCUUAACAAAAAAGAUAUAUUUGAAGAAAAAAUUAAAACAACUUCGAUUCAAUGCCUAUUCAAAAAUUAUAUGGGUUCAAAUACAUAUGAAGACCAAGUCAAAUACAUCGAAGAAAAAUUUGAAUCUCUCAAUUCCAAUCCAAACAAAACUGUUUAUAUUCACGAAACUUGUGCUACAGAUACUAAUCAGAUUCAAUUGAUACUUGACAACGUGAUUGAUGCGCUUUUACAAAAAAUUCUACACGGUUACGGGCUUUGUUGA